AUAUAUUUUCAAACGGUUAUAUUCUCAACGGCUAUAUUUCCAACGGAUAUAUUUCUUGGUCUACAUAUAUGUGGAGCUCUGAAGCCAUUGUCCAUUCACUCUCCACCACAUCUCUCAGUCCAUUCACUCUCUACCACAUCUCUCAGCCUCCUCUCACAAAAAUGAGUUGUAGCUUACUUUGGCAAUACGUGAGUUCGUCGUCAUCGUCAUCGUCGUCGGAGGAGGAGGAGGAGCAUGAAGAUGACGGCCAUGAACUAAUGGUUGCCACAGCGGCAAUAGUUCUCGACGCGAACACGCGGUUCAAUGCUCGACGCCGUCGCGGUUCAGUGCCGGGUCGUCAGGUAAUUAACCGUGAUACGGCAGGUGGGCAUGCUAGAUUAUUCGAAGACUACUUCGCGCAGCAUCCUGUCUAUGGCCCCUCAUAUUUUCGCCGAAGGUUUCGAAUGUCUCGGCCUUUGUUUUUUCGCAUAGUGAAAGCUGUGCGGGAACGCGAUAGCUAUUUUGUGCAGAAAAAAAAUGCUGCUGGAAAACUUGGGUUAUCAUCUCUUCAGAAGGCUACCGCAAUGUUCCGAAUGUUGACUUAUGGUGUAGCAUCGGAUGCUACAGAUGAGUACGUUCGGAUUGGAGUAAGUACUGCUUUGAAAAGUAUGAAAGCAUUUGUUAGAGCUAUUGUUGAAGUUUUCGGAGAUGAGUAUCUUAGAUCUCCAAAUGAAGCCGAUACCGCUAGAUUGCUUGCAAUUGGAGAGGGCAGAGGGUUCCCUGGAAUGCUAGGGAGCAUCGACUGCAUGCAUUGGGGGUGGAAAAAUUGCCCUUCAUCAUGGCAAGGUAUGUAUACUGGCCAUGUGCAUGAGCCCACAAUCAUUCUAGAAGCUGUUACUUCACAAGACUUAUGGAUUUGGCAUGCCUUCUUUGGUUUACCUGGCUCUCUUAAUGACAUCAAUGUUCUUCACCGUUCUCGGAUCUUCGCAAGGCUAGCAGAAGGGCAAGCUCCAGAAGUUAAUUUUACAGUAAAUGGUAACAAUUAUACAAUGGGGUACUACCUUGCCGAUGGCAUAUAUCCGCAGUGGGCAACAUUGGUGAAGACAAUACCCUCUCCACUAGGGCAGAAGAAUAAAUAUUUUGCAAAAUGUCAAGAAGCACAUAGGAAGGAUGUGGAACGAGCAUUUGGAGUGCUUCAAGCUUGUUUUGCAAUUGUUCGUGGACCAGCAAGACUGUGGGAUCAAGAAGUACUCUAUGAUAUCAUCACAAUUUGUGUUAUCAUGCAUAACAUGAUAGUUGAAGACGAGCGAGAUGAAGGUCCGCAAGACUACAAUUACGACAACAUGGGAGAAAAGGUUAUUCCCUCUCAUGCAUAGACGGCCGAAUUCUCGAACUUCAUUCAAAAUCAUCUUGACAUCCGCAACGCACAAGUCCACUCUCAACUAAAGGAUGACCUGGUUGAGCACCUAUGGCAAAUUUAUGGGGCAAUGUAGUGUGCAAUGUCGUAUGUAGUUAGAGUUAGGAUCUAAGUCGAAAAGGUUUUGUCCCGAAGAAGGUUAC